CCCCUCACGCGUCUUCCCCGCAGUCUGAUUUCAAGAUCUGAAGCUCCGGUCUGCUUGCAUCAUUGUUGAAAUCUGCAACCAGCAAUUGUCCUUGCCUCACUCAAUUGCCAUACCACACUACCACUUUACUGACGACAGUACCGUUUCCCCCGGGGAAAUAACGCAAAUUCACCCCGAACGCACCGCAAUUCCCCUACCUACCACCCGAACACCAAAACCACCCCCCUCACCACCAUACCCCGCCAUAGCAAACACCACACCAACACAGCUCCGUUCCAAGCCCACAAAAACCUCACCACACGACGACAACAAUGAAGCCCAACCCCCAACCAAUCCCCAUCCCCGCCUUCGCAACCACCCACCUCCACCACCUAAAAACCGAACACAGCCUCGAGAUCGCCUCGUCCACCCUCUCUGCCGCCUCCGUCGCCGCCAGCCCGUCCACGCGCCGCACCCUCCAAGCCACCGGCCACGCUCUCACAGGCCUAGUCCUCUCGCAAACCCGAACGGGACUAGGCGGUCGCCUCGUGGGCGAGUUCGUGCCUGACGCUGCAACUUUAUCCACAAGUUCCAAAGAGAAUAAGCAGACAAAUGGGAAGGAAGGCGAGAGGCUACGGCUCCCUGCGCAUGGGAUCCGGGUGGGCGAUGUGGUGCGCGUGCUGGAGAUAAGUCAUUCUUCGUCUUCGGCGACGGCGGGGGCGAAGAAGGGUGGUGGAGGUGGGAAGAAGGAUGGUGGAGGUGGGGAUGGAGGAGCGAAGAAGGCGCCGGAGGGGGUCGUUACUAGGGUUGGUGAGGGAGCUGUAUGGGUUGCGUUUGGGCAGCAGGGGGCUGCGGGUGCUGGGAAGAAGGAGGAGGAGGAGGGCGUCGAGGAGUUGUGGGGGAAGAGGGUUUGGUUUGUCAAGUUGGCGAAUGAUGUUACGUUUCGGAGGAUGAACCAGACGAUGGAUCGAAUGGCUAAAAUGCAGGAGUCCGAUCAUACCCACUUCAUGCGCGUCGCAUUCGGACACACCACCCCCCUGGCGCCGGACUACGACGUCUGCAAGGACAUGGAGUUCUCCGAUCCCACGCUCAACGACUCGCAGAAAGAGGCGAUCCGGUUUGCGCUGGCGGCGCGGGACAUCGCCCUUAUACACGGCCCGCCGGGCACGGGAAAGACGCAUACCUUGAUCGAGUUGAUUGUGCAGCUGGUGCAGCGGAACCAACGCGUCUUGGUCUGCGGGCCCUCGAAUAUCUCGGUCGAUAACAUUGUGGAAAGGCUGGUCCCUAAGAAGAUCCCCGUGGUGCGCAUCGGCCAUCCGGCGCGACUGCUGCCGGCCGUGCUGGACCAUUCGCUCGAGGUCCUGACGCAGACGUCCGAGGCGGCGGAGAUCGUGCGCGAUGUGCGGCGCGAGAUUGACCAGAAGCAGGCAAGUAUCCGGAAGACGCGGAGCGGGAGGGAGCGCCGCGCUAUCUACGAUGAUUUGAAGCAGCUACGUCGGGAGUACCGCGAGCGCGAAACGAAAUGCGUGGCCGACUUGGUGCGGGAGAGCAGCGUCGUGUUGGCGACGUUGCAUGGGGCGGGCGGUCAUCAGUUGCGCGGGCAGAAGUUCGAUGUGGUCGUGAUCGAUGAGGCCAGUCAGGCGCUGGAGCCCCAAUGCUGGAUACCGCUCCUGUCGGCCUCCAAGGUUAUCCUAGCGGGCGACCACCUGCAACUGCCCCCCACCGUCAAGUCGACGCGCGAGCAAAUGAAGAAUAGUACCGCGGAGGCGGGGGAGGAGCUGUUGCCUGACGUCUCGUUGGAGACGACGUUGUUCGACCGACUACUGGCUACGCAUGGACCGGGGAUCAAACGGAUGCUUACUACUCAGUAUCGUAUGCAUGAGACUAUCAUGCUAUUCCCAUCGCAGGAGCUGUACGAAUCGAAAUUAAUCGCGGCCGAGGCCGUACGAUCGCGUCGGUUGGCGGAUUUGCCGUAUGAAGUGCAGGCGACGGACGAUACGACGGCUCCCCUUGUCUUCUGGGAUACACAGGGCGGGGACUUCCCCGAGACCGCGGAGGAGACGGGGCUAGGCAAGUCAGAGAAGCUAUUGGGGGAAAGCAAGAGUAAUUCGAUGGAGGCGUUGGUGGUAGGACAGCAUGUUGAUGCCCUGGUGGCGGCUGGCGUGCAACCGAGCGAUAUCGCAGUAAUCACCCCGUACAACGGACAGCUAGCGGUUCUGUCGCAGAUGUUGCGCGAAAAGUACCCGGAUCUAGAAUUGGGCAGCGUCGACGGCUUUCAGGGGCGCGAAAAGGAAGCGGUAGUGGUCAGCCUGGUGCGCAGCAAUGAGGCCCAUGAAGUUGGAUUUCUGGCCGAGAAGCGCCGGUUGAAUGGUGAGUUCUAGAUUGAUUGUCGAAGGUCAGCAGCACUCUCACUGACUGGGCGCAAUAGUGGCCAUGACGCGGCCAAAGCGACACUUGUGCAUCUGCGGCGAUUCGGAGACGAUCAGCCAGUAAGUUUGGGGUGGUCGAUGUUGGAAAGGAGUGAAAACUGACAGACUGCAGGGGAAAUGGGUUCCUGAAGCGCUGGAUGGAAUUUCUAGAAGAGCAGGCCGAUCUGCGCUAUCCCGAUGCAGGGACGUUCUUGUGAUAGCGUCGAGGCUC